AUGGCGGGAGGCCGGAGCGGGAUCAGCAUCUACCCCUCGGGUAGGUGCGAUGUGCUGGUCCGCGCCGCCAGGGCGGGAAAGAGACUACAAGAAUGGAUCUCUGUCAUUUUAUGCUUCUCUCUGAUCUGUUUCAAUUUUUACAAUCUUCUCUUCUACUUGCGACUGGAACACACGCCCUCUGUUAUUGUUGGGAUAUUUGCAGGAGUUAUUACAGCUGACUUUCUGUCAGGAUUAUUUCACUGGGGAGCAGAUACCUGGGGAUCUGUGGAGCUACCCAUAGUUGGAAAGGCUUUCAUCAGACCCUUUAGAGAACAUCAUAUUGACCCCACAGCAAUUACCAGACAUGAUUUCAUAGAGACCAAUGGAGACAACUGCUUUAUGACACUAGUCCCGUUGGCAAACAUGGCAUACAAAUUUGUUUCUUUUUCCCCAGAGGCGUUAUAUGAAACAUGUCCUUGGGAGUGUUACGUCUUUGCCCUUAUCAUCUUCAUAACCAUGACGAACCAGAUUCACAAGUGGUCUCACACGUACUUUGGUCUUCCACGCUGGGUCAUAUUUCUACAGGACUGGCAUGUUAUCCUGCCACGGAAGCAUCACAGGAUCCAUCAUGUGUCUCCACACGAGACGUACUUCUGCAUUACAACUGGUUGGCUGAACUAUCCAUUAGAGAAGAUAAGAUUCUGGAGGUGUUUGGAGAACAUUAUCCAAGGAGUUACUGGGGAGAAGCCAAGAGCAGAUGACAUGAAAUGGGCUCAGAAAAUGAAAUAACUUUUGCCAGCCUUCUGCAAUCCUUAACUUGUUGCCAAUGUUGGGUUUUUAAAAAAAAAAAAAAAUAAAGCCAUCAGCCAAAUUCAAGACCUGCAAAGAAGUAACAGACUCUACAGCACAAACUAAAAAGUGCUAACACAGACUGUAAUGAAAAGAACUAAUUCUUAAAACAAUACUUGAAAUGAAGAUGAUUACUCUUACUGAGCACCUUUUUGUUUAGCCAUGUCUGCUUACAUCUUAGAAAAUACUUCAUCACUGUAUCUCAUAAGGCUAUCGGGCAAGCCAGAAGGCAGGACAGUCACUCCAUUGGUACGUGGUGGCGUAGUAAACAUGUGUUGUAUCAACAUUAUUUAACACUUCAAAAAUAGCUUGUUGCUUAAGACCUGUAGGGGGAAUGGUGACAACAGUUGGUCACUUCAUGUUUGAGUCCAAAUACACUGCAUGAAAACAGUGUGUCAGAGUAAUGGAAGCCUAUAAAAUCAUCACUGUUCAAUGCACUUAGUGAUUGAUAAACUUACAGUUCUAUCUUUGCUAUCAUGUUAAAUCUAAUUGAUGUAAUGUGCAACAGACUUCGAGAAUCCCACUCCACCAGUGGGCCACGAAUCCUCAAGUGUCUUCAGUUUCCCUUAAAAUAAAAUUGUUCUACUGUCUACAUGGAAUUGAGCAAACCGUUUCUGCGUAAGCCUUCAACUUAACAAGCCUGUGAGGAGAGGGAGGGCAUCCAGUACAACACAUGCUCACGUCUGUUCAUGUGGAGUGCUCACUGAUAAGUCUUCUAUUAAGUGUUUCCUACCCUGACAAUAAAUGUUUAAAAUAGUUCUAGCAUUGGGCAUAUUGCAAAUAGCUGUAUUCAAGAGCUCAAGUAUCAAACUUGUAAUGUUAGAAGGGAAAUGUCAAUGACUGGUGUUUUGUUCUUUUUUUUUUAAGGUGCUUGCUUGUUUCUGUAAAUAAUAUAAAGCCUUAAUCUCUUCUGGUGUAAUGGAAUAAUAUUUUAACGUGAUGUUUGAAUGUAUAUAAUAUAUUUAUAACAAAGCAGUUGGAUAAUACUAAUCAUGUUUGUUAAGUCUUGUUGCUGUUCUUCAUUCAUGCAUUGUCAGCACUUAGGCCAAGAACUUGGUAACUGGUUGCAAAAUGCUUGAUGCUAUUCCAGCCACCUGAAACACCUUGCAGCCUGUUAAGUCUGGUUUAGAUUGAAGUGAUCAGUUGUUUUUCAGCUUUGUAGGAGGUUGACACUAUUACACCAGACUUCAACACCUUUCAAGAAAUGCAACUAAUUCUGCUUUGGAGGCUAAGGAGUAAUUCUGCUGGACUGGGAGAGGGAGUUCCCCUAAGAACAUCCAACAGGCUCUUUAUCAAGUGAAUGUGGCUUGGACCUUGUUUAAUCCUCUCCUAGAUGAAAUCUUACUGAGGGUCAAAUCUAAAACUAUUUUCCCUUCCCUAACUAUAAAUUGUGUUGAAUUCAAACUGUCUUUUCCUGAAGUGUAUGGUAAAGGGGUUUUGAGCCAUAGGUUUGGAUCUCAACUUCUUCAGAUAUGAUGGACCACAACUUCUUAGAGUUGGGACUUGGCAACUCCUUCCAUGGAAAUGGCUGAAUGCAGAUGUGUCUGAGCUGAGUUCUACAGAUUAAAAUUGCAGUUGGUACUUUGGUUACAAAAUAUCUAACAUGUUUAAAUGAUUCAGACCCUUGGAGAACUUUAUACAGUUACAUGAAACUAUUGUCUACUCC